CUAUAUAUUCACAACCCUGAUCAGGCCGAUAGCUAGAGAUACAGACAACCCGCCGCCAGCAGAAGACAGGGCGUUGCUAUACACGAUGACACCACCAAAGGCCUCGGGUAGUCGAAGCAAAAAGGUGCAGGGCCGAUCAUCCAACAAGAGACCCCGAACCGCAGGCCCUUCGCGACAGCAGACUGCUCGCAGGCAGGACAACGAUGAAAAUGACGGUGGUGAGGGAAGCGAGGAGGAGGUAGAGGAGGAGGAGGAAGAGGAGGAGGAGGAGGCAGAGCAGGAGGGACAGAGAAGCGAGGCGACGACCAAAGGAGGACCUGCUGCCAGCUCCGUCAAACGCCGUCAGACCUAUAGAGAAUUUCUGAUGGAGACCAUCCACCUUGUGGACCACCUCGCCUCCCCCUCUAUCAGAUCUGAAUUCACGCAAGCUGGGUUCAGUUUCACCAACUCUGGCCGUGUUGUCCCUUUCCUAUUCGAUGUUCCAGAAGGCAGCAAUGAACAUCUACGGAUUCAGGAUGCGAUGGAGGACAGACCGGAAUCCGGGGUAACAGGCGAGAAAACGUGGUUGACUUGGCUCAACGAGUACUUACAUAAAUCGCUCAAAACCGAAUCGAGAUCUUUCUGGUUGGCUGAACACUCGCCGUUUCCCCGAAACGAUGCCAACUUUCAUCUUUCCCUUCCUCGCCCGGAUAUGCAAUACCACCACCGGAAACCAGCCUUUCUUCGAAUCCUCAAAGAUUUCGAAACUACGGGAGACCUUGCGGAACGAGCGCGUCAAGAGAUCAUCAAGAUUCUUCGCAUCAAAAGUCUAGAGCAUGCUUGGGAUGACAUCGUUGGGGCUGUUGAAUCUGAAGACCGUGAAACGGUAACGCCGUUCGCGCGAGGCGGACUCGACGCUGUCCUUCUUCCUUUCUUUUAUGUUCAAUUCAAGGCUGUCGACGAGAGGCUUGAGGUCGGACUUAAUCAUCUCUUUACGGACCUGGUCUUUGCCUGCCAAAAGAUGAAGGGCAUCCGACAACUCGCUGGGAAGACGGACGACUCGCCUGUAGGCUUGGUAUUCGGCAGCGCGAUGACGCCUCGGUACUGGGAACUCUAUGCUGCAUGGCAAGACGAAGACGGUCCUCAUAUCAUGAUGGUUGCUAGAGACAGUUUGGUAGACACCAAUGGCAUCCAUCAUUACGUGACCAUGAUGGACAGGGUAGAAGCCUACUCUAGGCUUCACCCAAUAAUCCACUGGUUGAUUCAAAUUAAGGCAAAGGAUCUAGUUUUGAAGGAGUCUCUUGGUCCUGGUGAGCGGUGGAGCUUGGAUGGUAUGAAGCGCCACAAAUCGCACGAAGACUCGAUAUCGGACCCGACCGGUUCGAAUCACAAAGUGGCUUCAUGGAGGAGCGCUGCUCAAUCCUAGCCGCACAGCACGUGGUCCUGCACGGAGGCCUCGCACGAGUAAGCCCUUCGGUAUCGCUAGCCGCACUGAUCUUCCGGUAGAUGACGGGCGUCCGAUAUCCAACCAUAUGAACACCCUGGUAAGUCGGAUACACGCAGUCUAUUCAUAU